UGGUGGCGAGCCGCUUCGGUUCUUCAUCUACGGCGCGUCCACGUCGGUGGGGAUGUACGCUGCGCAGCUGGUGCGGCGGAGCUGUGAGGUGAGCGGGCGGAGGCUGGUGCUUAUUGGGGCGGCGAGCAGGGCGAGGUUCGAGAUGCUGAGGGCCGAGCCGUACGGAUACGAAGCGCUGGUGGAUUAUCGGGAUGCCGACUGGCCCGAGCAGGUCAGGCGCCUCGCGGGAGGGGACGGCGUCGACUUCGCCUACGACUGCAUUUCGGAAGGGGAGUCGGUCAAGAAGGCGGCCAGCACGCUGCGGGAGGGAGGGAAGAUCGCGGUUGUCCGGUCUAGGAAGAGCGGAGCAUGGGUGGCCGCCGAGGGGGAGUUGCGCUCGGAGCCUAUAUAUGGCGCCGUCUGGGAGGGACUCGGGGUGGAGAUCCAGUACCAGGGCUUUGUUGUCCCGGCGCCUGCGGAGGCGAGGAGGUUUGCGGCUUCCUUCUACAGCUGGCUGUCCGGCGGCGGCAGGUUGGAGCCGAAUCCCAUCCGCUUGAUGCCCGGCGGCCUGGACCGGGUGGUCCCAGAUGGUUUCAGUCUUCUCGGAACCGGAAGGGUGAGUGAUCGACAGCGAGACGGCACCGACUGGCUGAGACCAAUCAGCGCCGAGAAGUUGGUGUACAAGAUUCAGGAGUGAGUGAUACUUUGCGAGGAAAACGGGAUGCGGAAGGUUGAAUUCCACUCGAGUGCCAUGUAGUUCCACACAGACAGGCUCCCUAAAGAUGAUACGUUUAUGUACUUUACCCGCCUGCUGUACAGACCAUACCGUCCCCC